AUGGCUCAUAAGAAUUUAAGUUACGAAUCGAAGGAACCAGCCUUUCUACAGCGACUGAGAGCACAGACAGCUGGGGUGUAUCAAGAACGCCCGUUGAAUAGACCGAAGAAGCAGCGCAACCCUGAGGAAGAAGAAGAAGAUGAACCUGUCUACGUUCUCGAAGACAAUACAACUUUAUCUGGGAAAGAAUUCGACGCCUUGAAAGAGGAAACAGCUGCAAAGGCCAAGUCUUCAGAAGAAGAGGAAGGGCAGGAGGCUGACCCAGACAAAUUAUCCAAAGGAGACCUCGAGGAUAAAUCAAAGCGGACUAAGAAUGAAAAAUCAAAGGAUUCGGUUCUCGAGAUAGGCGUUAAAACACAAAAACGGAAGAUCGCGAAGGUUGUCGGGGCGGAAGCUUCAGACGACGAGGCCAAGAAAGCCGACAGAAAGGACAAGGGGGACGAAGCACCGAAAAAGAAGAAGCCCCGACCAAAGCAAAAGGUCAAGCUAUCGUUUGGCGACGACUGA